AUGCAUUUCUUUCCAACAGCUGACUCAACGCUCCUCUCCUCCACCGUCGACUGCCACGACCUCCCUCCCCGCCCCAAGGCCGUCGGUCCCAUUUUCGAUGCAAAUAACUUCAAAACCCCCGUAGAGCCUUGGGAUCACGACAUCGACUCCAAUUUAUAUCCUCCCAAAGAGAACCCGUACGCGCCAUCAGCGAUACCCGAUGAACCGACAUGUCCCGCAUCCCGAUACCCACGAUCGCGAUUGGCCAAGAAUGAACGAUUGAGAUUGUCCAUGCUAUGGUACUAUACCAGAGACCUCGACCAACAUCCUGAACUCCUUGCCGGUCUACAGGAGAAGGCAUGUCUUGCCCAGGAAAACACUGGCUGGGAGUAUGCUGUCGUUGGACUGCUCGACGCCAAUGUCUACAUUCGUUUGGCAACGGUUGGCCUCCAGCUCGCUAUUCUUCCUCGAGGAGAGACUCUCUGUGCUCACACCGUGACACAACCUCUGGGCAAUGUCUUUCUCCUCCCUAACAUGCUCGAGGAUUGGAGAUUUCGCGAAUCGCCCUACGUCGAACACGGCGGCCUUGUAGCCUACGCAGGCGUCCCACUUCGAAUCCAACACGAAUCCGGCGAGUCGGUAGCCCUCGGGUCGCUUUGUGUUACAUCGGCUACAAGCCAACCCCCGUUAUCCAAGAAUCAACAACUCGCCCUCGCUCGUCUUGGCGAUUGGAUUGUUGCCGACAUAGUACAAUGCGCUCGAGCACGACGCCAGCGAGAACGUCACCGGCUUACAGAUCUCAUCACGACACUGUUAAGAGAAUCCGAAGGCGACGAUGUCCAAGAACCGAUCCUACGAGUGCUUCGAGAAGCAUAUCCCGAUGAGUCAGUGACCCUGCAAUCCGUCGGCACCGAUUCCUACGACACCGAGGUUUCAUACACAGCAGCAGAUCCGAAGCAUGGAUUAUGGGAGGACGACGAGUACAUUGAUAACUUUAUCGCGACAUCGAAUUGCAACGAGCCGCCCAAAGACAGGGUCGUUCGCUUCAUCUCUGCACAAUGCGAGUCCAAGCUCGGCCCAUCCGUCCUCGUCGUCGCAACCAAAGAUUUCCGAAGAAUAUUCGACGAUGUUGACUCUGGAUUCUUGCAAGCUUGCGCCACCAUGCUCACACAACGAUGGCAGAAGCGCCUAUUGUCCGAAGUCAUGCGCGCAAAAGAAAAGUUCCUUCGCGGCGUAUCCCACCAGCUCCGAACGCCCAUCCACGGCAUUCUCGGCGCCGCUGAACUGCUCACUGAGCAUCUCAAGGCGUUAACACUACCCGGAAACUCAAAACUGCCACCGGGUGUCGAGGAAUUGAUGAAGCCGCUUGCUGAGCUGAGCAAGUCGGCUGUCUAUCUGGAUACCAUCUCCACUGCGGGCCGGGAACUUAUGUCGACUGUCAACAGCAUGAUUACACUCAAUCGAUGGGCCGACAUCGCUUCCGCCGAUCGUCAAUAUGCCACGCACACCAUUCAAGAACUCGAGGAUGUACUCGUCAAAGGUUCGUCGGAUGUCACCCUUCGAGACACAAGCACGCGGGCGCCCAUAUUCUUCCAUCACGAUCUGCCCUUCGGUGGCCAAAGUCUAUGCAUUGAUCUCGAACUUUUCCGUGACAGUGUCCUGCCUCUCAUCGUCAAUGCCGUACAAAACACAUUCGAGGGCGUCAUCACAGUCACACUAUCCUAUAUACAAGAUACUAAGACGCUGGUGGUUGAUGUUGAAGACACGGGAUGUGGCAUAGAUUUAAAGGACCAGGGUCGCAUCUUCCAACUGUACGAGAAGGUAGGCGAACACUCAACAGGCCCUGGCUUGGGCUUGACACUCGCUUCCAAGUUCUCGGCUUUGCUUCAUGGCUCAGUUGAGCUGGUCUCGUCGGUGGUUGAUCGCGGGUCCCACUUCCGGUGCACAUUUGGUGACAUCCGUCCUAUAAUGUCAACCGCGCCGUCUCUUCCGAUAGCCUCUCAACUUAGACAUUUACCACCGAGUUUCUAUCACUUGACUUCAGAUUCCCCCGAGAUACACCUGAAUUCACACAUAUCGAAAUACCUUGCCUACAAUGGAUUCGCUCAGUCAAACGACUCGACCGAUUGUCUAAUUGUUAUGGACUACAUUCGUGAUUCGGAUGAGCGACGCAAGUAUCACGCCAUGUUGCCCGAAGGCCAAGUUGCGAUCUGCCCAAUCCCGGAUAUGGAAGACAUAGAGACUUCUCAACCAACGCCAGGCAUUGUCUUUGUCAAAGGGCCCUUUUGCACCUCGUCGCUUGAUGAAGCACUUGGAAAGGCUGACGAGUUGUUCGCAAUGGUGCGCAAGUCAACAAGCCCUCCUCCCCCAGCGUCGCCUUCUCUUACAAAAGACGGUCGGGGUGUUUUACCCAGUCGGCCAUCAAGAGGCUGUAACUCUAUAGACGAAGGCUAUGGCUCCAACACCACUCCCUCUAACAACGGUUCACCGACCCCACAAUCUGGAAUUCAAGAAUCACCGACCCCCUCUAUUGAUUCGGUUCCAGCAGUAACCGGAGCUGGCACUAUAACCCCUCUUGAACUACCCAUCCGAACCCUCCCAAACACCUCCAAACCCAUGACCCUCCUUGUCGACGACAACGCCGUCAACCUCCGAAUCCUAGAAAUGUACUGCAAAAAACGCGGCCUACCUUUCCGCAGCGCCAUAGACGGACAGCAAGCAGUCGACAUGUUUACUCAACAACAAUGCCCCUCCUCAUCAGAUCCUCCCUUUGACCUUGUCCUGAUGGACCUCCAAAUGCCUGUCUGUGACGGCAUUAGCGCUACUCAACAAAUCCGCUUGCUGGAGAAGACAGGUGACAAGACGUCUGUGCUGUUUAUUAUUACUGGGCAGGAUAGCCAGAAAGACCGCGAGGCGGCGAAUGCGGCAGGGGCGGAUAAUUAUCUGGUGAAGCCGGUUGGAAUCAAGAUGUUGGACGGGUGUCUAAAGAGAUACUUUCCGGACUUGUCGGUAUAG